GCCGACUACAGCGCCGUCGCAGCCGCCACUCUGCAGUAACGCGAGCGCCUUCGAGUGGUGUGGCAUGUUUUAUCUGUGUGGCUCGUACGGUUUCGUUGUACUGUACAUACGCAACGCGGCGGCAACGCGCGUCGUCGUCGUCGUCCUCCUCCUCCUUGUUUUGGAUACACAUUACUAGUGUUGCGUUACAAAAAAAGGUGCUUACCCGUCGUGCAAGUUUUCUGUCAGACGAACGCGGAAUCUGACGAACGAGUGCUUCAGAGUGUCGAUCGGAGAGUAAGCGUACUCUUAACGGGUGCCCGCGAAGUUUCUCGCCUUGCCGGGAUUCGGGAUCGCGGAGUCGCACACACACAUACACGCGACGAACCGAGAAACCGACGGAAGCAUUUGAGAGAGAAACGACGUGCAUAUAUAUAUACUUGUACAGUGUCUCGUGGAGUGACGCGUGCGCCGGCAUCGUAUCGAGGAGCAUAUCGAAGGUAUCGUCGAGGCGCGAGGAGAAUGCCGAGGCGCGUAACGCAGCCGGUCGGGGUGCAGCGGCGUGCUCGCGUCGGCUUAGUUUUCGGGUCGCCGAGCGGCGACUGAGGGGGUCGCCGGGGGGGAGAAGGGAUGCAAAGGAUCCCACGGGAGCAGCCGGCGUGGUGUGUACGUAGGCGGCGGGCGGCGUGGGUGUUGUCGUCAUCGUCGUCGUCGUCGUCGUCGUGGUGGUGGUAGAGGUAGUGGUGGGAGAUAGCGCGAAGGUAUAAGGGUGCUCGUGAACCUGAGGAUGACGGCCGGCUGACGACGAAGGAGCGUUGAUCCGCGACCUGGGCCGCGCGCGUCGCGACGCCGACCACGACGACGUGACGGCCACGUGCCGCAGCGGACGCGUCGUUGGCCAGUGGCAUUAAUUCUCGCCCCUCUACCCCCUCCCUUUGUGGCGAGUUCAUUGCGUGCCGGGCAAUGUCGUAAGCGUGGAACACGCGAUCGGUCCGUACUCUCGUUGUGUUCGGGUUCUAACGUACGAGAGUGAAAGAGGAGACACUACUCGUAAGGGGGAAGCGACCCCUCUGUGUCCAAAAGUCAGUUUGACAUUUCUAGUCUCGAUCAAUUUUAUCGUGCGAGCGAAGCGAGGAAUCCUCGAACGGCUUGUUGCAGGGGAAAAACAGAUGAUCAUUUUUUCACGCGUGAGAGUAACUCGCGAGAGAGAUUUUUGUUGUGCGUGACUGAGAAAACGUCCCCAGGAUCGCUCGCAAGUCCGAGAGCGAGUGUAUUUCGACGAACGUGCAGUGAAGGUGAAUCGCGUAACGCGCAACGCCGUAGACGCGAGUCCGAAACGUCCGGCUUCCGUCCGAUGUGCGUAGUGGGGUAACACGUGUUUUCCCUCGUUGCGCCGAAGGAUACUCGUUCCUACAGAGUGCAGUGAUAACGUCUGUCUCGCAACAUCCAUUUAGUGAUUGUUUCGUGAAGAGUACAACAGAUCGUCGAUAUUUUCAGAGUGUUUGGAUUAGUGUGUUCGAUUUUCGGAAAACAUCUCAGGACUGGUGGUGUCUUUCGUCGUGACGCGCGAGAUGUUGCGCGAACUUGACAAUUCGCGGGACUAGAGUUCGAUAGCCGCGCACAUGCAUUCGGAAGGCGCGAGAGAAGCGUGGGAUAACGGCUGGCAUGCGGUACAGCCCGAGGAAGGAAGAGAUCCUGCUUGAAACUUCGUCCAAGCUCGUGAAAGAGCGAAGAACUCGGGAGAAACGAGAGAGAAGGCACUACCCUGACAAAGAGUAGGACAGAGAGGGAAACGAGAGGUAUCCUGAAAGCAGGGCAGAAAGAAGAAAGGAUACAGCGGGAGAAGAAGAGACAGAGGUAACAGAAGAAAACGCUCGAGUCUCACACUCUAGUCCAAACCCCGGCGGGAGUUUGCGGAGAGGGUGAAGGGCGUCGUGGAGGGGGGAGUGAUGCCGGCGGUGAGCGUGGCACAGCGCCCUCCAGGUGGAAUCCCACUCCACGCCGGCGUGCCGGUAGCACCCAGCAGCGUAACCGCCCCCGGUCCGUCGGGCCGGUGCCUCGGGGGCCCGGCAGCACCCCCCGCCGGCUCGCCACCGCUGCCGCCGUCUCUGCAAGUCCUCAGCGGCGUCGUCGUCAGCAAUAGCAACCCCAACAGCAUCAACCACAGCGCCAGCAACAGCGGCGGCGCAAAUCCCCUCAGCAACGUCGUCGUCGGCAGCAAUCACCAUCUCAGUAACAACGCGCUAGGCAUCAACACGGCAAGCGGCGCCACGAAUCCUCUGCAGGCGAUGGCGUCGGCGGCGGCAUCGCUCACCCAGCUCAACAACAUGGCGAACGGGCCGCUGCCGCCGCUUGGGGGUGCGGGUCCAGCCGGGCCCCCGAAUUUGCCGCCACCGCAGCCGGCGACAACGCCGACGCACGGCGGUCCGCCAACCCCUCACGGCGUGAGCGCGGCACCUCAUCUGAACGGCGCCUCGCCAAGCCCGCAUCCGAUGCCACCCCACGGAAUGAUGAGCGGUUCGCCUCACACGCCUCACCCCCACAUGGGGGGUGGCGGGCCUUCGCCUCAUCCCCAUCACCCGGCGCCACACAUGGUCGGCUCGCCGCAUCAUCCCGCAGCGCCUCAUCCGAUGGGCCCGGCCGGCAUGAUGGGACCGGCUGGUAUGCAACCUCAAGGCGCACCCGGUAUGUGCGGGCCCGGGCCUGGCGGCCCGAUGGGUCCGCACGCGCAUCCUCAAGGACCAGGGGUGCCCGCGCAGCCGCACAUGCACAACGAUCCGUUCUUCUGCUCGCCCUUUGGAUCGCACUACUUCAGGAGACACACUCCAGGCUACGGCUACAGCCAGCCCGACUACAGGAUCCACGAGCUGAACAAAAGGUUAUCGCAACGCACCGAGGAAAGCGACAACCUCUGGUGGGAAUCCUUUGCGAACGAGUUCUUCGAGGAGGACGCCACCCUCACUCUCCAGUUCUGUUUGGAGGAUGGACCGAAGAGAUAUUCGAUAGGAAGGCCGUUAAUACCCAGGUACUUCCGGACGGUAUUCGACGGUGGAGUGUCAGAGCUUUACUACUUACUGAAGAAUCAGAAGGAGUCGUUUCAUAACACCAGCAUAACUCUGGACUGUGAACAGUGCACGGUGAUCACGCAGUAUGGAAAGCCGACGUAUACUAGGGUAUUAACGGAGGGUAGGUUAAUAUUGGAGUUCACCUUCGACGACCUCAUGAGGAUAAAGUCGUGGCAUAUGACGGUGAGGACGCAUCGAGAGUUGGUGCCGCGGUCCGUCAUAAGCAUGCAGCAAGAUCCGGCGAUACUCGAGCAGCUCAGCAAGAACAUCACCAGGAUGGGAAUGUCCAAUGCUACCCUCAACUAUCUUAGGUUAUGCGUGAUUUUGGAGCCCAUGCAGGAACUAAUGUCGAGGCACAAGGCGUAUGCAUUGUCACCUCGCGACUGCCUGAAGACGACUUUGUUCCAGAAAUGGCAGAGGAUAGUUGCCCCGCCGGGUAAGAGAGAGUCCCAGCGACCAGCUAGCAAAAGAAGAAAGAGGAAGGGGAGCACGUCGGGCCCAGGCAACAACGCACCCCCUGCACCGAAAAAAAGAUCACCUGGACCAAAUUUUUCUCUAGCAUCACAGGACGUGAUGGUGGUGGGUGAACCUUCUUUAAUGGGAGGUGAAUUCGGGGACGAGGAUGAACGGCUAAUUACAAGACUAGAAAAUACGCAGUAUGACGCCGCGAACAAUCUGGAUCCUCAUAGUCAUGAUGCGGCCGGUGGUCCACCACCACAUCCUCAUCAAUUCCACGCGGAACCGACGCCAGGCAAUUCCUGGCCACCAGACCGCGGUCCUGGUCCACCACAGGGUGGUCCUGGUAAUCAGGGUGUUCAAGGUGGUCAAGCCGGUGCAGCAGCGGGUGUACAAGGAACGCAAGACGCCAGUCAGCAGCAGCAAGACAAAAAGAGCCCCGCGCGGGGCGAGAAUCCUAGCCUCCCCACUGCCGCCGUCUAUCUAGCCUCCGCGGCUGGCUCGACUGCGGUUGGCAGGUUGCCGCACAUCGGCGUACUACCGGGUCUAGCUUGCCAACCGCCUGGCCUGCCAGCAGCUACAGCGGGUCAUCAUCAUCAUCAUCAUCAUCAUCAUCAUCAUCCGGAGCAGCAUCCGCAGUUGGGUCACGUGGCCGCCGCCGCCGCCGCCGCCGCUGCUGCCGCCGCCUCGAUGGGCAUGGAGUCCUCGGAGCUGAUGGCGGUGGCACAUUACCAGGCGCAACAGCUGCAGCGACAAUUGCUGGCCGAACAGUCCGGCCCGGGCGCUGCGAUGCUGCCGCCAACGUCUGCUCAGUCUACUGGUGGAGGCUUGACGCAGCCGCAGGGCCCGCUCCAACAGCAAGGUCAGCUCCAACCAGGCCAAGAUCCGCUGCAGAGCCUCGUGCAGCAACUGCUUUGCCUGCAGCAGAUUGAGUAUUUCCUCGCGCAGCGUGGUCACAAAUGACUUGGCAUUUCGCAUCGGGGAAGAAGCGAGGAGGAGUCUCGCGCGGCAGUGACGGAACCGAAAAACGACGCUUGGAACUCAACUCGUCAAUGCGGAGACACGCGUUUGUGCGCGAGUGUUGUGUACCGAUUCGUUUUGCUAGACGAAUUUCAUCGGGAUUUCCGUUCGGGUGAUCGUCCGUCGUUACCGCCGUCGAUGUUUGGACCGCGAGCAGCAUGAGAUUUCGAGGAUGAACCUACGUCUGCACAAAUCCCGCAGGGUUCAUUCCACUUGUCGGACGGAGGGAUAGGUGGCCACGGUGUCUCCGAAUGUUCGUCAUCGUGUCGACGCGGGAAGAGGGAGAAAAUCCGGCGGGCCACAGCGGAUGGGAAGGAGGCAACGGAGAUCACUUGCCGUAUACUCGCUGAUGAAUCGCCGUAUCGCUCCGGAACACCGUGCGACAAACGGAUAGAUCUCCGGAAUAGAGAUCAAGCGUUUUAGCGUGUGAUAAAGACUUUAUGUCAAAAAUUAUUAAUAAAUAGUGAAACGGGGAAUUAAUGGCCGCGUAA